AUGGACAUUGUCCUACGCAACAUAGAAUCUGCACUUUUCAACUCAAAAAUGGCAAAGUACUCAAAUACAGUAUAUCAAAUCAAGAAUAGUAACGUAGAAGAAAAAGAAAUGCUCAAGUCUCUUCUAAAGCAGGGCAAUUGCAAUGAAAACCAUACAGUUGUAGAAAUUGACUACUCACCGAUUUCAGAAAACUUCAGUAAGAGAAAAGGUGAUUUUGCUGGUGUUGAAGAGUUUACCUUUGGUGAAAAUCAGCCUAGAAUUAGAAUUCGAAAUUCUCCCCUUUAUAUUUAUGGCAAAUAUGUUAAAAUGUCUAGAGAAAUGUGCCAGACACCCUUGUUUAUCAAUGGUGUUGAAAAAACCUGCAAAAACGUAUCAGAUUUUAGUGGAAAUUUUCAAAAAUUUUUUGGAGCCUCCUCAGUGAAAUUCAUGGGAUGUGGCAGAGAAGACAUUGAUGUUAGGUGCUUAAAAGGUAGACCAUUCGUCCUGGAGAUUGUCAAUCCUACCAGGAACCUUAAUCCGGACCAAAUUUCAGUAAAGCUGUACAAAGAAAUUGACAUUGUGGAUUGCUAUGUCGUUAAAAGAGAAUGCAAGGACUUUAUAAAUUGCACAUCACCUCAAAAAUUUUAUAAUUUGCUGAUAUUUUCAGAAAAUAAACUUAAUUUUGAAAAAAUUUACAAUAUUGAACAGAAAACACCCUUAAGAGUACUUCAUAGAAGAGCAAAUAUGGUUAGAAAUAAACAGAUUGAAGUAUUAAGAGUGAGUAUGCUUGAGAAAGAUGGGUACUAUUAUGAUAUCGACAUUAAAGCCUCCUCGGGGGCCUAUAUUAAAGAGUGGGUCACUGGAGAUUUUAACAGGACAAUCCCAAAUUUAGGUGCUGAUUUGCUUGAACUGGAUGUUAUUUGUGUUGAUCUCGAAAUUCCAAAAGAGUAUAUCAUCAAUAAAGUUAAGCUUGAAAGACUAAAGGAUAAUUAA